ACUCUUCUUCUUCACCAACUACCCCCAUUUCUGCUUUAAGAGAGAGAGAGAGAUCGCGUCGGCACAAUCUUAAUAUACCGACAUCGAACAUGUUAAACUCUGUCGCGAUGGUGUUUUUCGCCAUCCUUCUCCUCAAAAUCUCCGAUGCCAUCUCGAUCUCGUCGCCUAACGGAGAGAUCGACGCAAUGCUAGUCCGAAACAGCCUCAUCAUCGGAGAAGACGAAGAUCUGAUGCCGUCGGAGAUCAGCCGGAGAGUUCUCAUGGCGCAUAAACGUUACAUCGGAUACGAAACCUUAAGGAGAGACAUGGUUCCUUGUCAGAAACCAGGAGCUUCCUACUACGAUUGCCGCUCCGGACAAGCUAAUUCUUACAGCAGAGGUUGCGAAACCAUUACUAGAUGUGCUCGAGACACCAGCGACAUCAACACCUGAAGCAAUUAAUUUGGAAGCUUUUUUUUUUUUGGGUCUUUCGGGGUUGAGACUUGAGAUUGAGAAGAGGAGGGACUCGUAUACUCUCUAUGAUGGUUCAAAACUUUGCCAGGGUUGCUGCACAGUGGAGUCUUCGUUAACGUUUGUGUUAUUUACAUGAUUAGUGAUCAUUCUCGAUUGAGGUCUCCAAAUCAUGGAAGGAAUCCUCUUGCUCGUGUAAUCAGCUAAAAUCGUGAGAAUGCGCUUUAAACUUUUUAAUAAAAAAUUUUAAGUCCUAAGAAUGGCAACGGUGCUGUGAGCAGGCAGACUUCAGACGGGCAUGAAUAUUAAAAUCAUCUAUAGUAGUUAAACUCGUGAGAAUACUGUAAACUUUCUAAUAAACUAAACCCCCCCAAACUCUAAAUAAACUCCAAAGUAAUGAACAUAGCAGAACUUUUCUUCAUCUCUGUAAA